GCCACUUGAGGAUUGACUCCCAGGAGAGAAAGCUGACCAGAAUUUGAGCCCCGCAAGUCUCAAGGAUGACUUUCUAACCUUGUCUGGCUGAUACAUCUCUACUGUCUCAUAGCCCAUGUCCCUCUGGGUUGGUUCUGUUCUUCAUACCUUUGUACUUAAGUCUGAAUGCCUAUGUAUUAUGCAGUUUCCUUGGGCCAAGACUUGUAGAUGAGGAAUUCACUUCUCUAACCAACCCCAAAAUGUAUUCACCUACUCUAAAUAGUCUGUCUUCAGAAACUCACUCAUGGAGGUCCCAUUCUGCCACCAACUGUUAAAUCCUUUCUUCUGUGCCAAUGCCUGGGAAAAGAAAAACAUUUUCCUUUGACAUGUCACUGUCAUAUACCAUUGUCCAUGACAUGUCACUUCUAAUUGCCAAGCCAGAAUCAUGAAUAUUUACCUGUGUUUGUUGUUGUUGUUUUUUCUCCUAGGAUUUGUGCGUCUAGCUGGUGGGGAUGGACCCUGCUCAGGGCAGGUAGAAGUGCAUUCUGGAAAAGACUGGACUCUAGUAUCUGAUGGGAACUUUACAUUCCUCACUGCCCAGAUCAUCUGUGCAGAGCUGGAGUGUGGCAAAGCUGUGUCUUUCCUGGGAGAUGUGUCCUUCAGGGAGUCAGAUAGACAAGUGUGGCCUGAAGAAUUCCGGUGUAAGGGGGAUGAACCUGAGCUCCGCUUCUGCCCUAGAGUGUGCUGUCCAGGAGGUGCUUGCCACCGUAGGGCUGUUCAAGUUUCCUGUUCAGCGUACACGGAAGUCCGGCUCAUGAAAAAUGGCACCUCUCAGUGUGAGGGACAAGUGGAGAUGAAUAUUUCUGGACAUUGGAAAGCCCUCUGUGCCUCACACUGGAAUAUGGCAAAUGCCAAUGUUGUUUGUCAACAGCUUGGCUGUGGAGUUGCUAUCUCUGCUCCAAAAGGAGCAUACUUUGUGGAAGGAGGUGAUCAGAUUUGGAAAGCUCGAUUUCACUGCUCGGGGGCUGAGUCUUUCUUGUGGAAUUGUCCUAUGACUGCCCUGGGCAUUCCUGAUUGUGCUCAUGGAAACACAGCCUCUGUGAUCUGCUCAGGAAACCAGACCCAGGUACUGCCCCAGUGUGACAACUCUGUGUCUGAGCCGGCGGCCUCUGCGGGCUCACGGGAGAGUGCUCCCAACUGCUCAGAUCACAGACAGCUCCGCCUGGUGGACGGAGGCGGUCCCUGCGCUGGCAGAGUGGAGAUCCGCUACCAGGACUCCUGGGGCACCGUCUGUGAUGACAGCUGGGACCUGAACGACGCCCACGUGGUGUGCAGACAGCUGGGCUGCGGCGAGGCCCUCAAUGCCACGGUCUCCGCUCACUUCGGGGCGGGAUCAGACUCUAUCUGGCUGGACGACGUGAACUGCACAGGAAAGGAGUCUCACAUUUGGAAGUGCCCCGCCCGGGGGUGGGGGCAGCACGACUGCAGGCACAAGGAAGACGCCGGGGUCAUCUGCUCAGACUUCCUGAACCUCAGGAUGGUGAGCGAGGACCAGGAGUGUGCCGGGUGGCUGGAAGUUUUCUACAAGGGGACCUGGGGCAGUGUCUGCCACAGCCCCAUGACACCCAUGACCUUGUCCAUCAUCUGUAGACAGCUUGGCUGUGGAGACAAUGGGACCCUCGACUCUUCUGUAGUUCCCAGGGAGGGUUCUAGACUUCGGUGGGUGGAUCACAUCCAGUGUCGGAAAACCGAUUUCUCUCUCUGGCAAUGUCCUUCUGGCCCGUGGAAACACAGAUCAUGCUCUGCAAAAGAGGAAGCUUAUAUCUCGUGUGCAGGAAUGAGACCCAGGAGCUGUCCAGCAGCUGCCCCCUGCACAGACCAAGAGAAGCUCCGACUCAGGGGAGGAGACACCGAGUGCUCAGGGCGAGUGGAGGUUUGGCACGAUGGCUCCUGGGGCACAGUGUGUGAUGACUCCUGGAGCCUGGCAGAGGCCGAGGUGGUGUGUCAGCAGCUGGGCUGUGGCUCUGCCCUGGAUGCCCUGCAGAGGGCGGCAUUUGGCCCGGGAAAUGGGAGCAUCUGGCUGGAUGAGGUGAAGUGCAGGGGCAGGGAGUCCUCCCUGUGGGAUUGUGCUGCCAAUCCCUGGGGACAGAGCGACUGCAAGCACGAGGAGGAUGCUGGAGUGAGGUGCUCUGGUGAAAGAAAAGCAUUGCUGUCUUCUAUAGCAGGGACCAGACCUGGCCCAAAUCCUGUCCGUGGCAUCUUCUCCCUGUCUGAGAUGCUCUGCUUCAUCCUGGGGGCCCUUCUCUUCCUGGUCCUCAUCAUCCUGGUAACUCAGCUGUACAGAUGGAGAGCAGCGAGCAGAGCCUUAUCCAGUUUCGAAGAUGCUCUCAGUGAGGCUGUGUACGAGGAGGUCGAUCAUCUUGUGACAAUGAAGGAAGAUCUGCUGGGCGGCACUGCUCAGGGGACUGACACUCCUGCUGAGGAUUAUGAUAAUGCUGAAGAGGUACCAGUGCCUGAGGCUCUUCCUGCCUCUUGGAUGAGCGAGGGGGGGGACGUGCCCCCCGAGGAGAAUGGGAUGAUGGCCUCUCAGACAGGCUCUUCUCUGCAGUUCUCUGAAGAGGUAGCUGGUCCUGGGAAAGAAGAUAGUCCCUGGCUGCUCCAGGGGGAAGAGGGUGACCUGGGGUAUGAUGACGUUGAAUUAAAUGCCCCUUGAACAUCUACCAUGGUUUUCACCUGAUGUUGCGUUAAAAAUGAGAUAAGGCCUAAGAUAUUCUAAUUGCCUGUAUUUCAAUAGAGUAGUGCUGCCCUAUAAUGGUAUUAUAUGGAAAUUACUUAAAAUGAAAUAUUCUGAAUAAAGUACUUUUUGCUUUGA